AUGCCGAAACGAAAAUCAAGUAAACCAAAGCAAACUAUUGCUCAAAAUAAAAAGGAACAGCUCACUGUAACUCAAAUAGAAACGGACUACAUAACUGAUCUUUCUAACAAAUACUGGUCACUCGAUAAAUCGCAGAAUGAUCUUCUUCCAUACGAUGCAAAAAUUGUAGAAAAAGUCUACAAUCAGGAAAUUUCAAGUGGUGACUCUCGCCGUAUCAUGAUUCUCGAAUUUAGUCGAUAUUUGGAAAAUUAUCUUUGGCCAAACUUCGGUGAAGAAUCAACAUCGGCUCAUGUUAUGUCUAUUAUUUUCCUCCUGAAUGAAAAGUUUCGCGAACGCAUAGAAGUUUGGAAAGUUUUCGAGAAGAACUCAGAUAAUUUUGCUCUUCUCUUCAAUGAAGUUCUACGCAAAUGUCUUGAAAAAAUUGACAUCGUCAAAGCAACUCCAGCAAAUAUUCGCGAGCAAACAGCAUUACUCAUAUUUCUAAAUCAUUGCUUCAACAGUAUGGAUGUAGAAUUAUGUCGUGAGCAAGCUAAGAAGUUAGUGUCACUCUCAAUGUGGUCGUGUUUGCAACCGAAACGUCGUGAUCAGGAGUUGAAUUCGAUUCCAGAGUGGAAGAAAUUUUGGAAGAAGCUCAUGAAGAGAGACAAACCAGAAAUGAAAGAAAAGCUUGAAUUUGAAAGGCAUUUUUUACAGAAUCUUAUAAUUAAAUUUCUUAACAUCUUGGAAUCAAUUCCCGAAGAGGGAAAAAUCAACAACGAAAUUGUUCGCUAUUGUGAGAGAUUCCUCGAAUUCCUCAUUGAUUUGGAGGCAUUGUUACCAACACGUCGCUUCUUUAAUACAGUUCUUGAUGAUUCUCACAUUGUUGUUCGUUGCUUUAUCGCACCGCUGACAAAAAGACCAGAAGGAAAACUUUUUUCUCAGGUGAGCUUCAAAAAUUAUUUAUUAAAACAAUUUUAUAUGCUUAAAUAA